CAAAAGCGACAAUUCACACUAUUUCUUACCAUCUAUACAGCAAGUCCUAUUAUUUCAAAUUCUCCAAGUAUCUACUUUGCAAUUUACCCUGAUUAAUCCACAAUGUUUGGCUUAUUUCUUGCCACCCUGGGCUGGGUGGGAAUCAACCCAAUGCCUUUUGUUGCGCACCUAAUAGGCACAACUGAACCGGCACUGAAAUUGCUUGUGUCCAUCGUAAUGGCUUAUCCCCUAGCCAUAUUUUACCAUAAGUAUGUGAGAAUUCAUCAACAAUACAGAAAUUUAUAUUUCAUAGCGACAGGAAUGGAUAUUGCUUACUAUAAUUUUGGUGCCACUAUGUAUCACAAUGCGAUACCUGGAAUCGUAAUUUAUCUAUCCACCAUGUUCCUGGGUCCAGGGAAACUGAAUGCAAUAGUCUCUUUUGUUUUCAACAUGACUUAUCUAUUGGUCGGGUAUGUGGUCACUGAAUCAGAAGAUUAUGAUAUAACUUGGACUAUGCCGCAUUGUGUAUUAACAUUAAAGUUAAUAGCAUUGUCUUAUGAUUUGUGGGAUGGACAGCUUUUGGUAAGGGGUAAACAGUUGUCGGAGAACAAUAAAAUAACAGCAUUGGUCGAAGCACCAACGUUCUUAGAGUUGAUGGGAUUUCUUUAUUUCCCCGCUUCUUUCCUGGUCGGACCCAUAUUUUCAUUCCGACGGUACAAGGACUAUAUAUCUGAUAAAUUCCCACUUCAAUCUGAAACCAAAGUUUACCAAGCUGAAGGAUUCUGUAGACUUAUUCAAGGAAUACUUUAUUUGAUAGCAUUUCAAGUUGGAGUUGGCUUUUUCAAUAUGAAGUACAUGCUUUCGGAUGAGUUUUCGGAGGAUUCAAUAUUCUAUCGGCAUAUAUAUUGUGGGUUAUGGGCCCACUUUGCUCUUUACAAAUAUGUUUCAUGCUGGCUGCUCACGGAAGCUUCAUGCAUCAGAUUUGGUUUGUCAUACAACGGUUUGGCAACAGAUGACGAUGGGAAGAAGAUAACGAAGUGGAAUGCGUGUAAUAACAUAAAACUGAUGCAGUUCGAGUCGGCGACAAAAUUCCAACAUUACAUCGAGAGUUUCAACUGCAACACGAACUAUUUUGCGGCCGAGUAUGUUUACAAACGUCUGAAGUUUUUAGGUAACCGACAUCUUAGCCAAUUUUGUACGUUGCUAUUUUUGGCGCUGUGGCACGGCAUCAGGUCCGGGUAUUACGUUACAUUCUUCAAUGAAUUCAUUAUAAUAUAUAUGGAGAAAGAGUUAGAAACGAUAAUCAAGAAAACUGAAUUGUACAAGAAGUGGAGAUCGCACGGUAUUGUUAAGGUGUUAUUAUUUAUUUUCCUUAAAACAUAUGCUAUAGUCUUUAUGGGAUGGAGUUUGGUACCGUUUGAUGUUAAAGUCUAUUCGAAGUGGUGGCAAGUAUACACAUCUCUCUAUUUUUCAGGAUUCUUAUUAUUCCUCCCAUGGCCUUUGUUGUACAAGCCAAUUAUAUUACAAUUGGUGAAAAGAAAUAAUAAAAAAACAGAGUAAAUGCUCAAUCGUUAUAAUAAUGUGUUGAAAUUAUAAAGUAAUAUUAUAACUUAUAUAUCCGUUAUAAUUUAAACUUUCUUUUGAUUAGUUGAAAUCAAAAUUUUGUCUACAAAAAAGCUGUAAGAACAACAGCUGUAACAAAUUUUGUUUGACUGUAAAUUCAACUUGUGUCUAUUAUUCUGUGCUUCAUAUUCU